AAAACUUUACACUUUUCUGUGAUAAGGUGUUACACGUGAAGAUUUUCAUCAAAUAAAAAUCUGAGAAAGGAAAGUGAAGACACUAAAUCUCAUCAUGAACCCAGUAACGGCGCUAUACCCUGUCACCGAGAAGGGAACCCGGAAACCAAAAUGUGCGCGCUGUAGGAACCAUGGAAUGGUGUCCUGGCUAAAGGGCCACAAACGACAUUGUAAAUUUAAAGACUGCAACUGUGCAAAAUGCAGCCUUAUUGCUGAGCGUCAGCGAGUGAUGGCGGCACAGGUAGCACUAAAACGUCAGCAAGCCGCCGAGGAUGCCAUAGCUCUGGGGCUUAGAUGUGCCACGGAGGGAUCGAUUCCUAUAAUGACCCAGGGGCCGCUCUGGGGACCAGGAACGGUAUCUCCUCCCGAGGACAAAGAUUCCAAGGGUCAAGAUAGCGAGACCGACGAUCCGGACGGCAAUUUAAGCGAGGACAAUGAACCAACCCAGAAUGGGAUAUCUAUUGCUCCAGAAGUGACAAAACCACGCCACGAUACUUCGUCUCCAGACUCGACAGAGGAGAAUGAUUCUGUCAAAGUGAAGGCUACAGCUCCAACAUCAUACGCGCACCAUCUUCUCCCACCCACUGCGUUUCUUCCAGGUCGUUUGUCUAAUUUGGAAAUACUAGAAAGAAUUUUCCCAUUUCACCGGAAGUCAGUGCUGGAAUUAGUUCUUCAAGGUUGUAAUGGGGACUUGGUUAAGGCCAUUGAACAAUUCUUAUCAAGCCAAGAAACGAUGCUUUCAAACCAAAAUGUACCACACAUUAAAUCAGACUUCAGAUCACAUCCAUAUCUGCAAUCUUUUCAAUAUGGAACAGCGAUGAAAUCCCUUAACGGACUCACAAGAUUGUCACAAAGUGGCCCAGGGUCUGCUUUCACUCCGUUUUCGUCUGCAGGACCUUUUAAUCCAGGGAUCCAUUCGGCCUUCCAGUCUCACUUAUCAAACUUCACAGCAGAUACUUUACGCCCAUCUUACAUAUCUGGUACCGCGAGACCUGAUAUUUUCCCGCCAAACAGUCAACUGACAUACCCUCGUUUGCACCCAUUUACGUCAGCACCACUUCCGGGAUUUUUUAGCAACUCGUUCCCUUUAACUCCCUAUAGAAUGGACAUGGCUGAUGUUAAUUCCCAUAAACCUAUCUCGGAAAAACAUACAGUGAAAACCCUCAAUUCAGAAAAUGGACACGAGUCAGAAAUGUGGGACGAAGGGUCGCGUGAUAGAGACAGAGAAUGAAAACUUUUUUUGCUAAAUACAAUAGUCACUACAAUUUGCUCUUGUUUCACAAUUAAAUGUUUUGUUUAUUUUACUUAUAUUCUGUUGCACAAAUAAUGUCGCCAAUUUUAAAGAAUCAAUCGACUAUAUUGCAAUAAAUGGAUGUAUUACAUGUAAAAAGAUGCUUUGUGAUGUGGGUUUGGAAUCCUUUGAUAAAAUAAUUUUAGAGCUAA